CUGUCUAGAUUGGUGCAGAGCGCCGAGCGCUCUAGGCAUGGUAUUUCUUUAUUUGAUAACAUCGAAACAACGCGGCUCUUGGUAGAAAACGCGAUAUCCAACCGCGUGCUGGUUAAUCUUCUGCUAACAAAGAACAGAGAUCUCGAGUCUCAAAUCCAUGUACUGCGACAGAUCUGCAACAAGCUUACUAGCGGAAUCAGCGAGUCCUCUUCCACCAUAAGCUUCAGCCCUGAUAAUCUCAAGAAACAGCACAUAAUCAAGCGUAGUUCACCAUUCAAGGAACUAAACCUCAACGAGCUUCUCGCCGGCUACACAGCUCCGAGUAGAGUCAAACACAAGACUUCGCUCGUCAUCAAUGACUUUUUACGUGUGAUCUUCAGACAGGUUUGUGGACCAGAUCCCUCAGAUAUAUGGAAUUUUGCUCAUCGUACAUCUAAUGUAUCGCGCAAGCCGGAUUUACAAGAUCUGCCUGAGUCCAUAGUUAUCACACUCAACGAUUUCGUAUUGGAUGCGCUUAGCCUCGGCAACGAGGAUUUGGAGGGAUACAGAUUGAAUUCGAUAAGAAGCUUGCGCACUAGUUACUGGAUCUCUCUGGGUACAUCCGAUGAAGAACGCGAGAAAAAGUUCAACUAUCUGCUGGAGCAAAAAACUUUCUACUGCGGCCAAAUCAGGACCUGUAUCGCAGAAGCACUCGAGGAUGUCCGUUAUUAUCGCCUCGACAAGGGAAAACUUGUGCCUUCAAAGAAAUACAAGGCUACGCAGGUCGGAUUUGGUAGAGAGGACAAGGCAAGUAUGACGAAGUCAGAAUGGAAGAGGAAAGCGCUACACAGUAGUGGAAUUUGAUCCCGUCGCUGUCCUGUUUGAACCUGAUGUUUAAUUUCUGAUCCAUCAUAAGUCUUCUCAUGUAACAUCGUGCCUUUGCCUCAUUAGUUAAGCAUGUUUCUCAUUAAUCAGUGCUUCAUUUACUUACUCCCCGCUUACCUCUAUAUUCACUACAUGCUUACUUCAUAUCUC